CGACGCAAGGGAAGGACGCAGAAGUUCAUCAAAAUCAUGGGGAUACUACGGCUCCUCAGGGCAGCAAGCCUGGCAUGUCUCUUGCUAAACAGCCCGGCGUUUGGCGACAGAGGCGACAACAACCUAACAGAUGGUCAUUUUCGCCUGUUGCAGCUCGUCAACCCCCAGGUGCCCAAGCAACCGGCUAUAAACACCGACUUCCCCGAUCCUGCAAUAUUCCAGGAUAAGGACAAGAAGUGGUACGCUUUUGCAACAAGCGGCAACAACAAACACAUACAAGUGGCCACAGCGAUAGACCCAAUGGGCAGCUGGACCAUGAUCGACAAGGAGCCACUGCCUCGCGCUGGCAACUGGACCACGGGCGGGAAGAACACCUGGGCACCGGAUGUCAGGAUAGUCGGCAACGGGACCUACGUAAUGUACUACUCAGGCGAACUGGCCAAGGACCCAAGGUUCCACUGCCUGGGAGCAGCUACCAGCAGUUCAAUACUGGGGCCAUACAACCCGAUAGACGAGCCGUUGGCCUGUCACCUCGACAGCGGCGGCGUCAUAGACCCGUCGGGGUUCCUAGACACAGCGACGGGCAAACGGUACGUCGUCUACAAGAUCGACGGCAACUCCAUCGGACACGGCGGCGAGUGCAACAACGCAGUAAAGCCGCUGGUCUCGACGCCCAUCAUGCUGCAGGAGGUCGGGCCCGACGGCGUCACCAAGAUCGGGGGCCCGGUCAAGAUCCUGGACCGCGAAGAUCGUGACGGUCCGCUGGUCGAGGCGCCGAAUUUGGUGAGGGCGAAAGACGGGUCAUACGCCAUCCUCUUCAGCAGCCAUUGCUUCAGCACGACGUUGUAUAACGUCAACUACGCCGUCGCGACCGACGUCAAGGGUCCGUAUAAGAGGCCGGCGUCGCCGCUGGUGCAGACGGGUGACUUCAACCUGACAUCGCCGGGAGGGGCAACCGCCGACGCGGACGCUGGUGUGGUAGCUUUUCAUGCGAGGUGUCCACAGGGGAGGCAGGGGAGGUGUAUGUUUGUCGGCGAGUUUGGGGUUAUAGGAAAAGACGUCAUUAUUAACGGAAGUUGA